AUGUUCACCAAAAAGAAGAAACGCAUUGAGAUCUCGGCCCCCUCCAACUUCGAGCACCGGGUCCACACGGGCUACGACCAGCAGGAGCAGAAGUUCACGGGGCUGCCCAGGCAAUGGCAGGGCAUCAUCGAGGAGUCGGCCAAGCGGCCAAAGCCACUGGUGGACCCCGUGUACAUCACGGCCGUCCAGCCCGGCUCUCAGAAGGUUGGCCCAGAAGCAGCCUCCAACGGACCCGUGGGCGGGAACAGCGGCCCCUCCAGGCCCCCCCCUUCGGGCCCAACCCGAUCCAGAAAUCUGGAGCCAUCGCCUCUGGGACUCUCCCAACACGCUUCGGACCCCCACUUGACCCACGUGCCAUCACCGCCAGCCCCCCAGCCUCCGCAGCCCCCUCCCCAGCAGCCUGCGGCCCCCACUCCUCCAGCUCCUCAGCAGCCCUGCUCCCCGCAGCGGGAGCCCCAGCGGGUCUCCCACGAACAGUUCCGAGCUGCCUUGCAGAUGGUGGUUGAUCCCGGAGACCCCAGGACCUACCUGGACAACUUCAUCAAGAUCGGCGAGGGCUCCACGGGCAUCGUCUGCAUCGCCACCGUCAAGAGCUCCGGGAAGCUGGUGGCGGUCAAGAAGAUGGACCUGCGCAAGCAGCAGAGGCGGGAGCUGCUCUUCAACGAGGUUGUGAUCAUGAGGGACUACCAGCACGAGAACGUGGUGGAGAUGUACAACAGCUACCUGGUGAGCGAUGAGCUCUGGGUGGUCAUGGAGUUCCUGGAGGGCGGCGCUUUGACCGACAUCGUCACACACACCAGGAUGAACGAGGAGCAGAUUGCGGCCGUCUGCCUCUCGGUGCUGAAGGCCCUUUCCGUGCUGCACGCGCAGGGCGUCAUCCACCGGGACAUCAAGAGCGACUCCAUCCUGCUCACCCACGACGGACGGGUCAAGCUCUCCGACUUCGGAUUCUGUGCACAAGUCAACAAAGAGGUGCCGAGGCGCAAGUCGCUGGUGGGGACCCCUUACUGGAUGGCCCCGGAGCUCAUCUCUCGGCUGCCCUACGGGCCGGAGGUGGACAUCUGGUCCCUGGGGGUGAUGGUGAUCGAGAUGGUGGACGGGGAGCCUCCCUAUUUCAAUGAGCCCCCUCUGAAGGCCAUGAAGAUGAUCCGGGACAACCUGCCCCCCAAACUCAAGAAUCUGCACAAGGUCUCCCCUUCCUUGAAGGGCUUCCUGGACCGCUUGCUGGUCAGAGACCCAGCCCAAAGAGCCACGGCCAGCGAGCUCCUGAAGCACCCCUUCGUCGGCAAAGCCGGGGCCCCCUCCUGCAUCGUGCCCCUGAUGCGGCAGAACCGGAUGAGAUGA